AUGGUCCGAUCAAGAAGACCCUUGAUGGCCAUGAGCGAUGAUGAGGAAUUCGAAGAUAUCGAUGUCCCGGCCCGAACUAGAAAACCGCGGACCCAGGAUGAUGCACCCAAACGCCGCCUCAAAGAACGCCACCAGUCAGAUUCCGGCGAGAAUAUCAUACCGCCGUCCACGGUGCGGAGGAGAAAAUUGGGAGCGCUGACAGACAAUUUAUUGUUGCAGGCGUGGACACCGAGGAAUGCGGGGGAAGAGUGGGAGACGGAAAGUUUACCACCACGCACGAAUACAGACACCAGACCGCGACGGACGAGGGUCGAGCUGAGGACAAGGACUACAAAGCCGGCUGUCACACUUCCUUCAUCGCCACUCGAUAAGGACGAGGAGUUUGUGUCGGCGAAGGAGGAGGUGACCAUAAUCGAGGAUGUCUCUUUGUUUGACGAUACGUUUCACUCGUGCAACUCGGAGGGGCCCGAAUUUGGCAGCAGCACUGAGAAGGAGGAGGAAGCGGAGGACGACGAAGAAGAUGAGCCCGAGGAUGACGAUGAUGACUUUGUACCGGAUUCCCCGCCCAGGAACGCAGCAAAACCCAAGGUUCGAGGUUUAGGGAAACGGCAGCCAAAACCUUCGAGUGUGGAUAUUUUUGGUGACGAUAGUUUGGACGAUGAGAGCGAAGAUGACGAAGAUGACGAACCGUAUAUCCGAUCAUCAAAGACGAGAGCUUUACGACGUCAAAACACUCAAUCAAGACCCGAGUUGCGGGUAAAAGGGGAGGCGGCUCUCGCUGAUUCCAUGUCAAAACUGCGGUUAGACGGGACCGAAGAUAUUCCAAAGAAAACUUCAACUUUGCAACCAACCAGUGACCUCGAUACCACGCCCCCUUCAACACCUCCCAAACCAAAAUCUCAACCCGGCUUGCUAUCGCCACAAAAACUUCCACGAAUUCCCAAUACACCCCAUCAUCACACCUCCGAAAUGUUUUGGAGCCAGGAAUUUGUUGAUGACUGGAACGACGAGCACUCUCCCCGGAAGCAGCUCUUCCCCGAUGCCAUGGCUGCCCGGCGAGCGAAUCCGGUCAAGGCAAACCCGGAAAAGAAAUCAGGGAAGGCGGCAGAGGCAGCAAAGAAGUCGUCUGAACGCGAGACCAAGAGAGCCUUUGAAAAGGCGAAACAUGAAAUGGCCGCGACGUUUCUCCAAGAACUCGAUACAACCAUCACCGAAGGGAAACUCACCAAACUAGCCGCCUCAACCGGAGGUAUCCAGCUGAUCUGGACCAACAAACUCAACACCACCGCGGGGCGUGCCAACUGGAAGCGCGAAACCAUCUACACCCGCGCAGCGGAUGGCAGUUCCGCCACAACCACAAAGUACCACCAUCACGCCUCCAUCGAACUCGCCGAGAAGGUCAUCAACGAUCCGCACCGCUUGCUCAACGUUCUCGCCCACGAGUUCUGCCACCUCGCCAACUUUAUGGUUAGCGGUGUGACCAACAACCCGCACGGGCGCGAGUUCAAGGCAUGGGCAGCACAGUGCUCGCGACAUUUUGGAGACCGUGGCGUGCAAGUCACCACCAAGCACUCAUACGACAUCGACUUCAAAUAUGUCUGGACAUGUACGGCGUGUGCAACCGAAUUCAAGCGCCAUUCGCGCAGUAUUGAUCCCGCCCGGCAUCGGUGCGGGAGCUGUAAGAGUGCGCUGGUGCAGACGAAGCCUGUGCCGAGGAAGAGCGGUGGUGGGAAGAAAGACGGAGGCGGUGGGGAUGGGAAGGAAAGUGGGACGGAGAAGGUGAAGGUAGUCAGUGAGUGGCAGGCGUUUGUGAAGGAGCAGAUGCGAGUGGUGAAGGCGGAGAACCCGAAGAGUCCGCAGAAGGAGAUCAUGAAAAUCGUGGCGAGUCGGUGGGCAGUCAAGAAAAGUGAGGCAGCUGCAGCUAAAGCAGCGUCGGGCUCGUUGGCUUCGCCUGAUCGGAAACUAGAAGAUGUGGAAGGGGGGAUGGGAGAACUUUCGGUUUAA